AUGAAACUCUAUGUGUUGGCGGAGCCUAGUGGAAUGGUUCAAAGGACAAUUGUUUAUGGAGGAUCAGCUGAUACAGAAGUUGGAGGUUCCAAGCACACGGAAAAGGUUGUUUUGAAAUUGAUUGAGACGAAAACUGGCGCGGGACAUUCUCUCUAUAUGGAUAAUUAUUACAACAGUGUAAGUUUAUCUGACCAAUUAUUGCGAGCCAAAACAUAUUCAACUGGCACACUUAGAGCCAAUCGUGCCGGAAAUCCACAUAGUGUUCUGACAAAAAAAUUAAAAAAGGUGAAAGCUAUUGCGAGUAUACACCUGAAGGCAUAUGCGUUUGCAAAUGGAAGGAUCGACGGGAGAUACUGGCCAUUUCAAGCGAGUUUGGCGGGGAAUUUAUAA